UGGUGGUUCUGGAUUGGUUGAUGUUGUGUAAUGUUGUUUUAUGCAGUGUGUGUUUGUAGACUAAAGAAAUAUCUGUGAUUUGUGUUAAGUUGAUAUUUUUGUAACCUGUUACUAAACUUUUAUUCAAUGAAAUGUUACGAGCGUAUGAAUGGUAAAUCUGGCUUAUCGUAGUAUCUAUACCGGUCGUGAGUGACUGACACGUUUCAACUCGUCCAAACUAAAAGACUUAUAAACUUUCUGUUAUUGCCACUGUACUGUUACUCAAUGAAGUGUGUUUGUAACUUUGAAUCUUUAAGAGGAUGUUUUAUUACUUGUGUAUUGUGUUGAUUUUAUAUUGUCAUGAACUGGGUCUGCGUGCUGUAUUGUUGUGUAUUUUGUCGUCUUUUCUUCCCGUGUUAAUGUUUACCUGCAGACUGUGAUGUUUCAUAGCAGUCUGUAAAUGUGAAGGAAUCACUCGCCACACCCUGUACAGAUAAAACCUGCAGUGAUUUCACCAUCAUGUGAUUCAUGAUUAUACCACAGAUCUAAGAUCAGGUCCUGCUGAUGUGUGUUUGAACAGACUUGAAGAAAUGACAACAGAAUUAUUGAGAAAUGAGCAGACGUGAAACUGAUGAGCACAAAUCUCGACAUGAAUGUUAUACGAUAUGUACACGCAGAAUCAGCUAAAGAUGAAACGACAAAAUUACAAGUCUUGUGUGCAAUGAUUGUUUUGAUGAUAUUUCUGAACAUUGGCCAACGCUCUUUUGGCUGAUCUGGAGUCCACGACUUCCCACAUUUCAAAACAAGCUGUGUUUCUCCCAGAUGAGACGCCAUAUUCCUUCCCUAUAAAAAGUGACCCUUAUCAGGAAGUGUCCUCGCCGCCUUCGGUGACAUCACAUCCUGCAGAAAUACUGAAUGGAACCGAAUCAAAGCAUCCAUCAAGCCAGUGUUUGAGCUCAGUUCAGAAAAGCCCGAGUCCUCGCACAUCACAGUCAGAAGAGGAACACGUCUACAGUUUUCCUAACAAGCAGAAGAGCAUUGAUUCACCAGCAUCAGUUAUGAGCUCAUCACUGGGCAGUAAUCUGUCUGAACUGGACCGUCUCUUACUGGAGCUCAAUGCCGUUCAACACAGCACUCCUUCAUUCCCCACUGAAGAGGUGCAGCCACCCAAACCAGCUCUCAAUGCUCAACGCUUCGCUACAGAAAAUGGACUCUCAUCUGUUGGGAAAGCUUCUCCUCCCAAAGUAGAGAAACCUAAACGGCAGGCAGCCGGUCGGGGUGUAGAAGAUGUCCGACCCAAUGUUGAUAGUCUGUUAAAUGAGCUGACGAGCUCUGUACCCGUCUCUGUACCUCCGCCAUCAGUGCCUGUGAUUCCUGAGAUGAGAGAAAUACAUGAGGAGACACCGGCCGCCCAGCAGCAGGCCCGAAUCUCAGCGUCCUCAGCUACACGAGAACUGGAUGAACUCAUGGCAUCGUUGUCUGACUUUAAAGUUCAGAGUAAUUCUGACACUGUACGCCCAGUAAAGGAGGAUUCACUUUCUGUGAAAGAGUCAGAUCUUCCCAAAGUAGUGAUGACUGAGACUCUCGAAGUCUGUUCUUCCCCUAACCAAGAAGCAGAAGUAUCUGAUCGCAUUGUUCCUCCCUGUGAACCUCCCCCUACCUGUUCAUCACUUUUACUGGAACUGCACAUUGUUGAGGAAACAACAAAUUCAGGACCAGUUUCCAGUAGAACUUUGGUCAACACAUCCUGCAAAACAUCUCAGUCCUCCACACUCAAAACAGAUUCGGAAAAAAAGCUUGUAGAUUCUAGCACAAAGACUACAACCUCUGAGCCUCUUAAAAUGCCUUGUUUUAUGCAAGAACCAUCUGUACAAAACCUACCAGUGUCAAGUUUGAACAAGACAUCAAGCCCUGUAUCCGUGUUAAAAAACAAUUCAACUGUAGUUGCAAAGGAAUCCACACCUGUUAAGGUUCCAAGAAUUUCUAGCCCAGUUCCUGUAGCCAAAAGCCCAAGUCCACCGGAGGUUACUACGAGCUUUAAUCAAAUCACAGAUGUGAAAAGUCCUGAAACAAUUGUUGAAACCUUUAGCUCAGUUGUAGUAAGAAAGAGCGCAAGCCCCAUUACCGAUCCAAAGAGUAGCAGUUAUAUUACAGCAUCAAAAAGCCCAAUCACUGAAGACGCUGCCAAGAGCCCAAUUCCUCAUCCAGGGAUUACUAUGAAGAAUCCUGUGCCAACUUUCACUACACUGCCCGCUCCUCCAGUUUCAACCCUAACAUUAACCCCGAAGCCUUCCCGAAAGAAACUUGAUAACUCUGAAUCAGGCAUACUGGGGAUUGGCCCCACUUGCCCCAAGCCUCUACUUGACGGAGAUCUGGACGAGCCAUUGGUGUCCAGUUUUUCCCAACAAGAGUCAGUCAAACAAACGCCUUUGACUGUGCUUGAGGAAACUCCUGCCUUAUCUGACAGUGAGAGGCAAAGGUUGAUUGUUGAAGAUCUGGGUGAACUGACACUAGAGGAUGAACAUGAAGGUACAGUUUAUCCCACCACAGAGUCCAGUUGGUUGAAUGACAGAUUGCUCGUUGAGGCAUCAGAUGUUUCACUGGACCUUCCACUUCUCCAGCCAUCAGCAGUUGAAAGGCUGUCUGCUUCUGGACAACUUAAAUCGGUAAUCAAACGCACAAAGGAAACGUCCAAUGUCCACCCGAUGUUUCGAGAUGGCCAGAUCCGCAAAAAAAUGGGCCCACUCAUUCUUAACAAAACGAACUCUCAGGAUCGACUCAUUGAAGAGCUGCAAGGGAAACUGGGAAUUGCUCGCACUGAACGGCCACAAAAAAAGCCAGAUCAUUGGCUUACAGAAGGGGUCAUCAUCUGUUCAAACCCACAGCGUCUACGAGAGGAGGGUUGUGUAUCGCCGACUGUGGAUAAGAUCAUUAUUCCUCCUGACUCACCAAGUCCUCUAAAAAAAGUCCUAACCCAUCCAGUCACAAACAAGCUAGCACCUCUACCCCCACCACCUCCACCCCCUAAAAAUCCUUUUCAGUAUUCUUCAUCACCCUCAGUUCCACCUAAAGUCCACACCAGUCCUCCUCCUCCUCUGCCCCCUCCACCCAAACCUGUGACGCCGCCGCCUCCUCCGAAGGUGGUAGCAUCUGUGGCCUGCCAAACGGAAUAUGAGCCUCUUUUUCCACCGAUAAUGGCUCAGGGAAAGAGUUCUCCCAGUAAUGUUCAGAAACAGGGUAAUAAGUUGGACAACAUGUUGGGCAGUCUGCAGUCCGAUCUUAACCGACUGGGAGUUCAAACUGUGGCCAAAGGAGUUUGUGGAGCUUGUAAGAAGCCCAUCGCUGGACAGGUGGUGACAGCGAUGGGUCGGACGUGGCAUCCAGAACAUUUCGUGUGUACUCACUGUCAGGAAGAAAUCGGUUCCAGAAACUUCUUUGAGCGAGACGGGGAGCCGUACUGUGAGAAAGAUUAUCACAGUCUCUUCUCUCCACGCUGCCACUACUGCAACGGACCCAUUCUGGAUAAAGUGGUGACCGCAUUAGACAAGACCUGGCACCCGGAGCAUUUCUUUUGUGCCCAGUGCGGCUCAUUCUUUGGCCCUGACGGUUUCCAUGAAAAGGAGGGCAAGGCGUACUGCAGAAAAGACUACUUUGACAUGUUUGCCCCCAAAUGUGGCGGUUGUGCCCGAGCCAUCCUGGAGAAUUACAUCUCUGCUCUCAGUUCUCUCUGGCACCCCGAGUGUUUUGUGUGCAGGGAGUGUUUCACUCCGUUUGUGAACGGCAGUUUUUUCGACCACGAGGGUCAGCCGUACUGCGAGGCGCAUUACCACGAGAGACGCGGUUCACUGUGCUCCGGCUGUCAGAAGCCCAUAACCGGCCGCUGUAUCACAGCCAUGGGCAAGAAGUUUCACCCUGAGCAUUUCGUCUGCGCCUUUUGCCUUAAACAGCUGAACAAAGGCACUUUCAAAGAGCAGAACGACAAACCGUACUGCCAGAGCUGUUACGUCAAACUCUUCAGCUAGACUCUGUGCUGCUGUAAGACCGUAUUGAGCCAUGCGUUUGCCAAUGAGAACCAAUCAAAGGUCCUAAAUUUCUCACAGUGCCCUCCAGUGGGCGUAGUGUGCAUUUACACCAGCGUGUUCCUGUGCCAAGCUGCAAAGCGCUCUGAGUCUUCAGGGAGGCCAUUAAAGUUUUUAAACAUCUUUUUUAAUGCUUCCCUCUCUGGAUCCAGGUGUUAGCAAAGAAUAGAUUUAGCCUUCGGGUUGCGUGGAGAGCUAUUUUAGAUAAAAUCCACUGCAGCGGACAAAUCAACAGUUCUAUUUUUGUAUUUAUUACACGCGCUGAUCUUAUCUUGAACAUACAUGCACACACACACACACCUAUUUGCACAUUUCAGGAGAUCAUUUCUUCUCCCAUCUCUUUCUUGCUGCUGUUUUUAGAUAUAAAGAUGCACUUGGCUCUUUUGUUUGCUUUUCUCCUUCAUCUGCCUGUCAGGUUUUCUUAAAGGUGCAAUAACUGCUGGUGUCAUCAAAAUCAUAUUCUGUAUAUUUUUCUAAUUUUGCUACUCCGAGUUGGGUCAGUCUUGGGUUUUAUUGUGCAUGUCAUUUAAUACAGAUCUCCAUUUAUUUUCUCUUCAGUUGUUUCUAUAUUUGUAUUUUAUGGGUGAUUUUUCUAUUUCUGAUUGGCUGGAGUGGUUUGAUCUCUUUGUCUUUAACUGUGGAGUUUUCUCACUUCUACCGUUUUAAGUACAUUUUAUAUUUUAUUUUCAUUAAAGACACCAAUGGUGGCUCUGAUGCCUGUGUUUUUGAUUAUGUGCUGGUUUACAAUGUGCCUGUUUUUUCACUGGGCAUGUUUUAUGAUAAACAUGUGAGUUUUUUCUUCUCAACGUCUCAUCUCAUUUGAAAUGAGUUUUUAAUAAUUUUAUGAUAUUUUUCUUUAUCUUUAUUUGAUUUUCUGCUUUAUGCAGGUCAAUGUAUUGAAGUCUUAAGAUUUAACUGAUUACAAAAACUCCACUGAAAAAGAUUGUGACUUUUAUUUUUCAACUGAUGACAUGCACAUUGUAUUUACAUCAUGGGGUCUCAAUGUACUGUGUAAAGCUUUAAAUAAAAUCCAGAAUCUGAAUGAA